AUGCCUCGAACGGAACUUGGAGCCAAUUCCGAAAGCCAGCAAAGAUCUGCUGAAGAGGAGGUGGGCGAUGACAUUGGAUCCGACUGCAUCACAUCUCGAGCGACUGAUAAUGAAGGCACGGCUCCGGGACCAGACCAUAUUUCCGCCGACCUCUUACAAGCUGGAAGACAUCUCCGACAUAUAGAUUGCCGAGAUACUUCGGCACACCUAACGUUCUCUUCAAAGGAAAGAACCGACCAGUAG